UCCAAACACGUAUUGGUGGUAUUCCCAUUAUUACACCACAACUCUUUAGUCUACAUUACUACCACUCACUUGCAGAGUUCCACUCCACUCGAGAAAAGUCAAAGCCCAAGAUGAACACAAACGAGAGACGAAGAUUCUCCAUCAAAACUCAGAAUCCCAGUUCCAAAAUCCAAACUUGUUCACUACCCAUUUUUCCAAUCCGAAUUCUCCUUCUAAGUCUCUGUUCAUCUUGGGUGUCAGCAUCAACCCUGAAGCUGAAACCACCACCACCACUUCCAAUCUUGCCUCUCCCCACCGCGUUCCAGCUCCAAUGGCAACAGGGAAACAUGGCCCUCUUCUUCCACUUCGGCACCAACACCUUCACCGACGCAGAGUGGGGCUCCGGCCGCGUCCACCCCACCAUCUUCAACCCCACCAAGCUCGACGCUUCCCAGUGGAUCAGGGUUGCCAAAGAAUCUGGGUUUUCUCGGGUUCUUCUCACUGCCAAACACCACGAUGGUUUCUGCUUGUGGCCCUCUGAUUACACCGAUUAUUCUGUGCGUUCCAGUAAAUGGAGGAAUGGCACCGGCGAUGUUCUUGGUGAGCUCGCCGCCGCCGCCAGGGACGCCGGUGUUGGCCUUGGUGUUUACCUUUCGCCGUGGGACCGCCACGACCCGUCGUACGGUGAUACUCUCCGGUAUAAUGAGUUCUACUUGGGGCAAAUGACUGAGCUGCUCACAAGGUAUGGAGAGAUAAAGGACGUUUUUCUGGAUGGGGCAAAAGGAGAAGGGGAGAAGGACAUGGAUUAUCUCUUUCAAAGUUGGUUUUCUCUUAUUCACCAGCUCCAACCAGGGUCCACCAUUUUUGGUGAUUCGGGUCCUGACGUACGGUGGGUCGGGAAUGAAGCUGGUAUUGGUGGCUCCACUUCUUGGUCUUCUUUCAACAGGAGUCUCAGUAAAAUUGGUGGCCCUGUUGAUCCCGAAUACCAACAACAAGGAGACCCGCUUGGUCCUGAUUGGGCACCUGCUCUGUGUGAUGUCUCUAUCAGACCUGGUUGGUUUUGGCAUGCUUCAGAAUCUCCAAAGUCUGCAAGGACUCUACUUGACUUGUACUAUAAGUCGGUCGGUCGAAACUGUAAGCUGUUACUGAAUGUGCCCCCAAACACCUCAGGCCUUAUUUCACCUGAGGAUAUCCAAGUGCUUCGAGAGUUCAGUGAACUUCGUAGCUCCAUAUUUUCCAACAAUUUGGCUCUAAAUGCUUGGCUUAAUGCCAGCAGCACACGAGGAGGAAUUCAAAAUUCUCAAUUUAGUCCCUACAGUGUUCUUGAGGAAGGUUUACACUCUUACUGGGCUCCUGAAGAGUGCCAAUCUAAGUGGAUAUUGUACAUAAAUCUUCAAGAACUAGUGUCCUUUAAUGUUCUGCAAGUACAAGAACCUAUUCACAUGGGACAGAGGGUGAUUGAGUUUCACCUCGAGGCUUUGCACCAAGAUGGUGUGUGGAAGAGAGUUGUAAAAGGCACCACAAUUGGAUAUCAGAGGCUGUUGCUGUUUCCAAAAAUAAAAUCUCAGUUUUUGAAACUAAUUGUUGACAAGUCCCGUGCAGACCCAUUGAUAUCAUACUUAGGAAUCUACAUUGAUCCCUUUACGGUUUUGAGCGAUUUGCCUGAAGAAAAACCAGUAGCAUACUUCAAUGGAAGUCAGGUUCUUCGCAGCACCACGAACAAUGAUUCCCAAAGUGCUACUGUGUAAAGUUUUACAGACCAUUUGUUUGUUUGUGAGUGUAAAUUUGAAAUAUUUUUCAUAGAAAAUUCACAUUCAAUUCUUUCUAAUUCCUCAAAUGUGGACAUAAUCAGAAGAGUGAUCUAUUAUAUUAUGAAUUUGUA